AUGGAAGAAUUGAAAAGCAAUGGUAAGAAACAGAUAAUUGCAGCUACAAAUGCCCUGAGCAUGGGUGUGAAUUUCCCUGACAUUCGUUAUGUUGUAAACUGGGGCCCUGCUAGAAAUAUACUUGAUCACCAUCAAGAAGCUGGGCGUGCUGGAAGACAUAAUGUCACAUCAGAUGUUGUAAUUAUUUUUCAUGGACAGCAGCUUUCACAAUGUGAAGAUGAUGUUAAGUCAUUUCUUAGGGCAUCGGGAUGUCUGAGGGUUGCAAGCUACAAAGCUUUUGAUGAAAGUAUCAAGCCACUUGAACAAGGACAUGACUGCUGUACCAACUGCAGGGAAUCUUGUCUGUGUCAAGGAGACACGUGCUGCAUCCAAACUGCAAAUUGA